AUGAAGGAUCUCCCGACAUUGGAGGAGCUUCACUCGAUGGUUUUUUCAUUGGAUGUUGACAGUGCACCAAGUCCGGAUGGAUUUGGAGCAGGCUUUUAUCAAAGCUGCUUGAGCAUUAUAAAAGAUGAUCUGAUGGAGGCGGUUCAAGAUUUCUUUAAAGGCAUGCAGCAAUUGAGCCCCUCCUGGUUGUCAUUCCUAAAAUGGAGGGUGCCUCUUAAUGGCAGGACUUUCGACCGAUUAGCCUGUGCAAUACAGUUUGGGUUUGAUGAACAGGUGGUUGGUUUGUUGUUUCGAACGUUCUCCAAUUCUUGGUUCUCGAUCCUAAUCAAUGGAGAACCUUCAGGCUUCUUCAAGUCUACUCAAGGGGUGAGAGAAGGCGAUCCCUUUUCCCCGGCUUUGUUUCUGUUUGUAGCCGAGCUUCUUGGGAGGGGUUUACAGCAACUUUGUGCAACUACGAGUGGUCGAUAUUAUGUGUCUGUUGGUUCGCGAGUCCCGUACCUCGCAUUUGCGGAUGACACGAUUAUCUUCACUAGGUGCUCAGUUGGCGCUUUGACAUCAAUCAGGGACUUUUUGCAGCUCUAUCAAUCCUGCCCUGGUCAAAAGGUCCUUUCCCUUCCAGGAGCUGUAGUUGCAUCGCUGGGUAAAAUCUGGAAUGCUCUGCUCUGGGAUAACUCCAUUGAGUUCAAGAGGAUUCAUUGGGCUGCUUGGGAGAAUUGGUAUUUGAGGGAGAACAAGACCAUUUGGGUGACAUUUGUGCAUAUUAAAUAUAUCAAAGGUAACCAUACUCGUCUGGUGGCAGUAGACCGCCCAUCUGCCGUAUGGUGCCGCUUGGUAAAAGUUAAGGAUCUGGCUGAGGGGGAUAUUCGGUGGUCCCUGGGAGAGGGCCUCAUCGAUUUUUGGCAUGAUAGGUGGUGCACGGAUGUCCCCCUGGCUACUUUGGUUCCGGGCUUAGCCCACCCCGAUAUGUUGGUAGGGGAGCUAUAUAGAACUAGUGAAUGGGAUAAGCACCGUCUUUGGCAGAUUCUCCCUGGCCACAUUGUGACGCAGAUCUUAAAGCUCCAGAUCUUCCCUUGUCUCAAGGAUAAGAUGGUUUGGGGUGCAUCUUCUUCGGGUGAUUUCUCGGUGGCGUCAGCGUGGGAGCAUGUGUGUUGUAAAAGGAAUCUGUCCACGGUUCACUCAUUGGUUAGGAGCUCAGUGGUUCCGCUCAAGGUUGCCUUUUUCACAUGGCGUUUGUUACACAGAUGGGUGCCUUUGGAUCAUGAUCUCCAGCAGAAGAGGGUUGUGCGAGCUUCCCGGUGUGGUUGCUAUGGGAAUGAAGUGGAAAUGAGGAGCCAUCUAUUUGUAAUGGUGUCGGUGGCAUCAAAGAACCAUAUUCGUGUUAUUAUUCCUCUUUUAGUCCUGCGGUUUAUGUGGAGGGCUAGAAAUCAGGCUUGA